AUGCUCCCGGGAGCUCGGAAAUCAGGGUUCCCGUCGCACGUUCUUGUAGUUCCUACAAAGUUUAACAGAAAACGCGACAACUUUGAAGCCACCGCCAAGGGGAGGGAGCGUGUUGGAUUCCCGAGGAGCAGGAAUUACACGUUUCUUAAUAAACACUGGCGGCUCCCUUUGGUGCCUCGACUGUCUGAGAGGGAAAAACUCUGGGAGUUAGUGUCCAGACCCUUGACGCUGCUCCUUGUUUCGAGGAAUGCUUUUUUUGAUAACUCCACAGAUUCCUGUGUGGAGAAAUCAGUCAGUAGGGAGCAGAUCCGUACUCCGGCGUGCCCAAAACGCAAAGCCCAACUGGACAGGUGUUUGCAGUUUCCCCCCUCCCGAAGUUUCGAUGCUGAUUUAAGGGCCUCAGGAAGGGCUUCUGAACCAGAACUUCAUGACAGAGAGAUUUUUAGGGGCCACGGUGGUGACAGCUCUAAGGCAAAAGUUGGUCAGCUUCUGCCCAACACCUCCCUACACGAUACACAGGGAGUUAAACACGGGGACGGAAAACAGCUUUCGGUCCAAGGAAGAGACAGUGUUCAAAAAGAUAAUAGUUACAUAAGACAUACGGAAAAUCCAUUUUUAGACGUUACCUUUUACAAGGAAACGAAAUCAACAUUUCAUGAACUUAAGAACAGAUGUAAAGCUGACAGUGUUAUGCCAUCAAAUAAAAAUGAAAAUAACGUUUCAUCAUCCAUACUAAAAAUAUCAAAAUCUCAAAAGCAGCCCAGCUUCAAAAUUGCUAAACCCAGCUAUUUUAGAGAUAGCAGCACAAUAAGUGUCCCUGAGUUUCCAACAGAUUUAAAUAGCAAAAUGUCCUCUGUCUAUUUAAAGGAAACAGCAAAGAAAAAGAAUGACAAAAACGAGGCAUAUGUUAGGGAUUUCACAAACAUUUACUGUUCCCAAAAUAGACCUGAUGUUAAGAAGCGAAAGUUACAAGAUGAUAAAAAAAUUGUAGAUGCAAAAAAUAUUUUUUCUGAAUGUUAUGAAAGUAACCACCCAUCAUUCGGAAGCCAAAAUACUUGCGUGAGAAAAAAAGACUUGAUCAGUUCAAAAUACUAUAACUCCUGUAGUAUUAAGUGUGAUGUAAAAGAUUUUAACAAGAAUUUCAUUUUAACACCAGAAUAUACAAAUUGGGAAGGAGGAGAAACAUGCUGGGACCGUUACAUACCUACCAAGCUGGAAAAAUCUCAAAGCUGGGGCUGUAACAUUAGACACAUUUUGAGACAAAACAGGGAAAAUUGUUGGUUUACAAAUAAUUGUAAGAGUAACUGUGAAAAUUUGAAAAAAACUGGAGAUAAAUUGAAUUUCCUAACAUUAUUAGAAACAGACCUUUCAAGCAACAAAGAUUUUCACUGCACGGAAGUUGGGAAUGUAAGAAAAUCAAAGCUUUUUUUACUGGGACUGCUGGGAAAUCAAAAAGCUUUUAUAAAAAUUAUUUGGUCAAGUGGUAAAGGAGAAAAUGAUAACAUGCUGACAAUGAGAUAUAAUAUGCACAAAAACUUUCAUUUAAGCAACAUUUUUGAAAGUUUCAUUACAGACAUGUUUCAUUUCUGUCAAAGUAUUUUAGGAAAUGAAAAAGAUAAUAGUAUUUUAACCUGGUAUAAAAUUUUGAAGUGCAAAAAGUUAAUUGGUGUUCAAAGCUUAAUAAUCAGAAAUAUGAAUGUCAAUGUAGAGAGUGGCAUUUUAAGCAAAUAUUCAGGUGCCAGUUUUUCAGAACUUUUAAAUAUCAUGUUGAAAACCAACAUAUUUUUUUUGCUCAAUAACUUUGACUUUUUCACGAGAAUUGAAAAUGACUUUGAAUUAGAAGGGAAAUGCAUUUUCAAAUGGAUAGUGUAUUUAAAUGAUCCAAAAAAUAGUUCAGUGGAAAAUCAAACUGCAUAUCCAGUAAAGAUUUUAACUUCUGCCAGACUAUUAGAAGAUAAGAUGAAAUCUAUGCCAAAGAAAAGAAAGCUAUUUGACACUAAAAUUUUUGAAGGGUCUAAGAAAAAGAAAAUCAAUUCCUUCAGUAGGAUAGCUAAAAAUAUUCAUUUUCCAAAUUUUGAAACGUAUGAAAAAAUUCCUCUUUUAAUGGAUUUUGAUGAUAUAGAAGAAAUGUCUCUGAUAAAAGAAAUUACUGAUGGUACUAUGAUGUGUUCGGAGCAACCCAUAAAUGUGGAAAAUUGGGCUCACUGUUGUUCUGACAAUGUUAAAAUACAUCUUAGGUCUGGUCCUCAAAUUAUGCAGAACAACCAUGGAUAUUUUAAUGAAAAAAAUUGUGAAGUAAAUAUGCACAACCAAGUCUCAGAUACUGAAGGAAAACAGGAAUAUAAUAAGUUCAGAAGCUAUAAUUCUAAGUGCAUAUUGAAAGAUUUCUACAAUGUUAGGCAACAGCUUACACCAGCAAGCAAUGACAUAACACAUAGUGAACAGACUAAUACCAUGACAAUAUCUCAGAGGCUAAAUUUUGAAAAUUUACUAAGUGAAACAGAGGGAAAAAAAUAUGACUUACUUUUAAAGGAUGAAGUAAAAGUCACGGCACAAAGUUUAACAAAUAGUGACCCUAUUCGCAAAGAUGUUAAGAGAAAAAAGGAAGAGAAAGAUAGUUUUUUUCAGAUGGAUGGCAUGUUUUCUUUACAGUCAGUUUCAUUAACAAAUAAGAAAAUAAAUGUGGAAGAAACUAAGUAUGUCAUUCAAAAUUACAUAGCUGACAGAAACGAAUACGAUAGUAUUUUGGAAGAAAGUGAGUUAGCUAAUUUAAAGCAUUGUCAUCUGAAGAAUAACUCUCCAUUGUAUGUUAAUCAUCAGUUUGAAACUAGUUUGAGUGAAGGGAACAAUGAAUGUUUACAGGAUUUAACUGCUCAAUGUUUAUCCACAGAAGCUCUGACAAUAGUAAAUGCUUUUGAGAUGAAGAGUAAAUUUGAUUUAGUACUUGCAGAACUUCACAUGUUUCAUGAAAUUAGUAAGGAAAAUGAAAUUCUAAGCACUAUGGAAACAAACACUGUGCAAGAAAAUUACUAUGGAGAAAAUAAUGAUGCUGAGAGGGUAAAAAUACAGAUAGAAAAGGAUUCGAAAAUGGUCGCAGUCAACAAAACAUGUGCAUCUUCCUCAUUCUAUGACACGACAGCAAGUCCUAACUUGGAUAAAAGACACCAAAGUUUAUUUAAAUGGAAAAAUUCUCCCAAUAAUGGAGAACAGGAAGUUCCUGAUGAGUAUUGCUGUUCAGGAACAUCAGAAGAAGGAUUAAUGCAUUCUACUUCUGAGGAAGGUAGUCACUUUUCACAUGGCAUUUCAAGAAUACAACCUCUUAAGACAUGCAGUCGACCAAUCAGGAUUGGCUUGUCAAGAAAAGUGAAGCUUAAACAACUUCAUCCCUAUCUGAAGUAA